AUGGCUUCGUCGCUAAUCAUCUACCGCCGCAGCUUCAGAGUACUCUCCGCUCUCCACCAUUCCUUUUCAUCUACUCUGACACUUCCAAUCAGCAGCGACCACAUUUCACCAUCAUCGUCGUCAUCAUCAUCAUCAUGUUCACGUUCGCCGAAUAUCGUUGGCGUUCAAUCCCGUACAUUCAUGUCGACGUCAAUGUCUCUUUUGUCUUCUCGUUAUUCAGAGACUCCUGACGCGAUUGGUCCUGAUACUAUCCUCUUUGAGGGUUGCGACUACAACCACUGGCUCUUCGUCAUGGAUUUUCCCAAAGACAACAAACCUUCGCCCCAAGAAAUGAUUCGUACCUAUGAAGAGACUUGUGCCAAGGGUCUCAACAUCAGUGUGGAAGAGGCAAAGAAGAAAAUUUACGCUUGCAGCACAACCACUUACACAGGCUUUCAAGCUGUCGUCACUGAAGAAGAGUCCAAGAAAUUUGAAGGUCUUCCCGGAGUCAUCUUUGUGCUACCAGAUUCCUAUAUUGACCCUGUCAACAAGCAAUAUGGAGGAGACCAGUAUAUUGAUGGAACAAUCAUCCCUCGACCUCCACCCAUACAAUACGGGAGAAAUCAAGGAGGAAGACGAGACUUUAAUCGACAAGGACAAGGGAAUCCCUCUUACAAUAAUCAGGCUGGAAGAAACUUCGGACCUUCACAAAAUUAUACACCCCAACAAGGAUCACAAGGAUAUUCUCCCCAACAGAGCCAUGGUCAAACAUCGCAAGGAUAUCAGCCCCAACAAAACUAUUCACCCCCACGUAACAUUGGUCAAGUACCACAGAGUUACUCCCAACAGCAAACCUUUGGUUCUGUUCCACCACAACAGAGCUUUGGGUCACCAGGACAAGGUUAUGUGCCACAACAGAACUUUGGACCACCAGGGCAAGGAGAAAGAAGAAAUUAUGCGCCACAGCAAAACUUCGGACCACCAGGGCAAGAAGAAAGAGGAAAUUUUGCGCCACAACAGAACUUCGGACCACCAAGACAAGGAGAAACAGGAAAAUUUGCGCCACAACAGACCUUUGGACCACCAAGACAAGGAGAAAGAAGAGACUCCGUGCCUAGUGAAGGUGGAUGGGAUUUCAAACCGUCAUAUACGGAGGAAUUUGAACAGGCUGAUAAAGGGAAUCAUAACACCAGAGAACAGUCAGGUUCCCGACAAAGAUUUCCACCUCCUGGCCUGGGCAAUUUUACCGGAGAGGGAAGAUAUUGA